AUGGCUGCGUCGAGGAAUGACAACGAAGAACAGGAGGAGGAGGAUGUGGCAGAGUUAACCUUCCCGAAAGAGUUUGAAAACGCAGAAACGCUCCUAACCUCUCAAGUGCACAUGCUACCGCAUAGCAGAAAAUCGCAAAACAAAAACUCGGAGCACGAGUUGGAUAUCUCAAACAAUUUUCUGAAGACCCUCGCCUACACGGAGAGGUUUUCUCUUUGUAUGUCUCUUUGUAUGUCUCUUUCUCACUUUGUCUCCGUUUUUCCAUUUUUUUCUACAUUUAUUGAUAUUGAUGUGACUCUGGCAAAAUUCGCAUUUCUCUUGUGA